AUGACUAAUCAAAUUCUGAUUAGCAAGGGCUCGUCUAACCAUCUGACGUCGUUUAUUUGCACCUCGUUAAGCCAACUUACAGGGCCAGACACACGAGAUGGAUCUAAAGCGAAAUCGGCAACCAAAUCGCCCAAACACAAACACACAGCUAGCAAAACACAAGCCACAGAAGGUGCAGCAUCCGAAAACAGUGAAACAUCGCAACAAAAGAUAACAAAACCCACAGAACAAAGCGCAAUCCCAGAUGCACAUAAAAAAAAACUUAUGAAGAGCAUCGAAAACAGUUUCGAAAACGGAAUCAGAGACUUCACAAAUGCAGCAUGGGCGUACCUGGAUAUUCCAGAGGAUGAGUACAUAGGGUACGAAAGAAUGUACUUCUUUAACCUGCUGUUCGGGCCAGAGAACAGGAAGAGGAAGUUGUUCAAUAGACUGAGGACGAGGCAAACGAGCGUCGGAUCAAGGAGUAAAACGAGCAAGAGCGCAAGCCCGUCGGAACAGAGCACGCCGAAUAGCGCAAACACGUCGAGCAAGAGCAGCAAGCAGUUCAACAUAAACAUGAACUACUACAAGAAGACGGAGACGAUCAGGGACGACAUAGCGUACCACCUGGAAAAUAAGCUGACGACCACGUGCGCGUCCUUUUUCGCGAGGCACGGGCUGGUGGUGAAGGUGAGAAGGCUGCCCAUCGAUGCAGAAGGCGCCGCGAGUCCGGCGAGCAGGAGGACGCCGAGGUACUACGGAAGCACGUCGUACCCGUCCUACCACUUCAUAUCGAGGCAGCGGCGACACAUAGUGGAGCAGAUACUGAGGUCGAGGUCGUUCUUUGAGACGGAGUACAACUCGUGCACGGAGCUGAGGAACUUUAGGUCGCCCUUCCUGCUCUUCGAGCCGCACACAAACUUUCUUAAGUACCUCCAGGACAUCAAGAAGGACCUGAACGACGAGGAUUUUACAGGACUGUUUAUAUCACUUAACACACUGCCGCAUACCGCGAAAACGGAACUGGGAAGCGUGAAGAGAAGUAAGCUGGUGGCAUGGUGUCUGAUUGAAAUAUUGUCGAACAACGAAAGGUGCCUCAACUGCCUGUGGGUUAACCCGUCGCUGUCAGCAACGGGAACGACGGACCUGCUGAGGUCGUUCAUCCCGUUCAUCAUGGUGACGUCGUUCUCAGUGAGGCCGCCGAACAUAGACACGAGCUUUAAGAAGAUAUUCUACAUAUGGCUGGCAGACUUCGACCACUUCCCAAGGCAGGCGCUGAUACUUAUGACGAGCCCGUACAGGUUCGCGCUGGAGAAGCACUACGACUACUCAGACGAGUACCAGCACCACACGUACGUGAGUCUGUCCUCGCUGUACAGCAAGUACCUGUACGAAAACAACGUCGACGAGUACUUCUCGUUCGGAAACAUGAGCAUGGGGAAGGAAACGUCACCAGAUGGAGACAAGUUCACAGAAAACACAAGUACGAACACGGCGGAAGGAGCAAUGAUAAACAGUUACAUCACCACAGAAAUGAUAUCGAACAGCGAUAGCGAAGAAGACGACUCGGAAACAGAUGAGUACAUGGACUUGGUAUACAAGAAGUACCUGAAGGAGUACGCGAUCUACAGAAAGAGCGAAGUGAAGACGUGCCAGUGCCACAGACACGCGGACUGGAGCGACGUAGACAAGGUGGUACUCUCGUGCUCAGAAGACAUGAUGGUCGACUCGAUACCGAGGUGGCUGCAGCUGAUAAGAAAGUACUCCUCGUACCUGGAGGAGGACAUAGAAAACAUAGUCAACGAGAAGCAGAACGAGAUAGAAAGCAGCUACGAGAUUAAGGCAGCAGAGUUCGCAAAGCUGGGCAACAACGAAAUACAGGUAUUGUGUAAGAGUUCAUUGACUGAAGCUGAAGUACAUAAGAAUUUUAAAAGACGAGGAACAGAAACAGAAGCGCAACAUGUCACCGUCAGAAAGCGAGCACAGAAGAAAUAA